AUGCCGAGAAAUCCAUCUCAAACACCCCCGUUUAAUGGUUAUGUGACAAUGGCGAAUGCAAAUUUUCCAAGUGGUGGUGUACCUGAAUUUCCCGAGUUUUCAACACAACUAACUAUUGGUGGCAUGAUAGUUUUUAAUGAAGUCGCUCCAAAUUCAGAGGAUUCAACUCCUAAGAGCAGGAAAACUCAGCAACCAGCAUGGAACACUGAACAAAAUUUGGUGCUAAUUAGUGGGUGGAUUAAAUUUGGAACAAGCAGUGUUGUCGGGAGAAACCAGAAAGGUGAAACAUAUUGGGGUAAAAUUGCUGAGUAUUGUAAUGAGCAUUGCUCAUUCGAUCCUCCGCGUGAUGGACCUGCAUGCCAAAACCGUUUUAAUUAUAUGAACAAAGUGUUGGGUAAAUGGAUUGGCGCUUAUGAUGGCACUAAGCGUAUGCAAGGAAGUGGUUGGUCGGAGAAUGAUGUUUUGGCAAAAGCGCAGGAAUUAUAUGCAUGUGGGAAGAAUGUUAGAUUCACUUUAAUGGAAGAAUGGCACGCUCUCCGUGAUCAACCACGUUAUGUUAGUCAAGUAGGAGGAAAUAUUGGCUCAGGAAGUAGUGGAUCUAAGAGAUCUCGCGAGAGUGAUGCAUGUGGCUCAAACACUGUAGAAUCCAGUGCUCGUCCUAUAGGAAGGGAGGCAGCUAAAAAAAAGGGUAAAAAGAAAAGCAAGGAUUAUGCCUCGGAGGUGGUGGACAAAGAAUGGGCUGAAUACAAAGAAUUCAAGACAAAAGAGCUUGAACGAUUGGACAACAUAGCCUUGAUGCAACAGCAGGCUAACAAUAUAGCCUUGGGAAAGACUAAAACCAAGAAAAUGAAGAUGUAUCUAAAGCUAACUUCCGAAGAGCAUCUAGAUGACUGGAAGAACCAGCUGUUGAAAAAGUUAGAGGCAGAACUGUUUGAUAAUUAA